AUGCCGUCCAAAGGCUGUCAUUCCAGCUCUCUGCCCGAAGCACGAGGCCUCAAGUACGACGAGUCGGAUAUGGCACUGUUCCACGCCAAAUUGUCCUACCACUCCACCAUCGAGGAGCGCAUGGCUUCGAAAGACGCCAACCUGGCAUCCAUAUCUGAGCAUCAGUCCCGGAUUCUCAAGCGCUGGGAGAUGCUCAAACAAGUGGAGAAGGAGAUGGCGGACAAAGGGAAAUGUCUGUCGCCGGCGGAGAAGAAGCAGUUGGCACAAUAUGAAUGGCGAUACAAGCGACUUGAGGAACUGGCGACCAAGACGACAGGAGUUGCACGCUCAAGUCACCUCUGUGCGCGAGGGAGCCUCAACUCAAGCUAUCUGAAAGUGUCACCGUGGAAGCACAAGCUCCGCAACGCUUUCUGUGAAACUCGCCAUGAUCUGUGGCAUUUUUCCCGAGCAUGCGGCAAAAGUCUUGGAUUUUUGAGCGCUGUCACCAUGCUCCGGGGUUCUUCGAAUGGACAGCAAAUGGUGACUCAUGGCGUCUCGGAUCUUCCCAUGUUGACCACCAAACCAAUUAUGCAAUCCGUGAAGUGA